AUGAGUUCGGAAUCGACGAAGUCGCUUGAUGAUGUUCGUGCUGAAGUCGAGAAACACAUUCGUAGUAUAAUGGACUUCCCCAAGGAAGGCAUCAAUUUCAGGGACAUAAUGCCUCUUUUUGCUCAUCCAAACAUUGUAAAUGAUCUCUGUAAGGGAAUUGCUCAGCAUAUACGGGCAGACGUCGGUGAAAUCGACGCGAUUGCUGCUCUUGAGGCACGA